GUAGAUUUGGGUGGACACACGAGAGCCGGCAGGCCGGAAUUGUGAUGAUUUUUCUUCAAACUAUCCUGCAUGUGUUUAUCACUGUGUCUCUGCUGAGCAGUCCAACCACUACGAAGCGAGGCCCCCGGCUCAGUCUGUGGGGCGAGGCGGCUGACUUCACCAUCACCAGAUGCAGCCAGUGGAGGCUGAAGCCUCAGGUGUCCAUCCCCGCCUUGCAGGAGCUCACGGUCUGCUUCAGCAUGAAGUUCAAGACCAUUGAGGACUCCGAGCCAUGGACCGCCUUUAUGUACACUCAUCCCGAGGUUCAGUAUGCUGAGCUGGGCCUCGGUGGAAGGAGGGAUCGUUUAGUGGUCUGGCUGUUUGGGACAGAGUGGACCACGCCGAAGAUCAACCUUCUUCCGUCCCAGUGGUACUCGCUGUGCCUGACCUGGACACAUACGAAAGACCGGCCGGCCCUGUACGUCGACGGCAACCCGGUGAACAUCACGGCAGAUUCGACCCCCUCCGCGACCCCCUCGAGCUGCAAACUGGCCCCCAAUGGAACGCUGACUCUGGGUACAUUGUACCGCCUGGGCAACGGGAAUAAUAAUAUUCCACAUACCCCUGCGGUGGGCAAAUUAUCUCUAUUUCGGCUCUGGGGCCGAGAACGGAGCAAACAGGAAGUGACAUCACUGAAUUGUACAGAGGGGGACCUGGUAAAGUGGGAGAGAAACUACUGGGACAGUCAGACCUGUGCUCCUAUCCCUGACCCCAGCCUGCAGUGUGAAUGGUCUGUUUACGAAGUGACACUGAUGUUCGACAUCAUCCGUUCCGAUGGGAACGACACCGAGCCCUACACGGCCAGAGACAUCGCACAAAAAUGGCUCAGAGAGAUUCUGCCCUCCAACAUCUAUUUACCCAGAGUGUCUGUGUUUGAAGUAACCAGAUCCAGAAAAGAGGACAGCCUUGUAAAAGCAUUACAUGAAGACCAGCUGGUGCACAGGACGCCCUCUCGCAAGAGGUUUGACUGCCUGGUUCAUGUGAAUGUUAUUCCCAGCUUGGAUGUGGCAGAUGUGCAAAAUGAGAUGUGCACGAGCCUUAGUCGCGGCUACCUUCCCCCCAGUGGUCAGCUUCAGCUGCUGGCUGAUGAGGAGAGCAUCCACACCACACCUGUUGAAAGUUUCUCCGAUGUCACCAUCAGUCCAACUGAUGUGGUGAGAGUCACAACCACCACAUUUAAAACCACCACAUCCAUCACCUCCACUAGCACCAUCACAAGGGCCUCUACCGAUGUGGCCUUAGCCACCACCUUGACGACAAACCCUGCAAAUAUCUCCGAGCUGUUUUUUGAGGUGAAGGUGAAUGUUUCCAUAACGGGAGACUGUGACCCAGGACGGAUUCUUUCCACCUGGCUCAACUCCAGUCUACCUGACGACAUGAUGAUGGUGCUUGACCUCCAGCUGCUCCCCAAAGCUCGAAGGCAUCAUUCUAAACCGCCGUCAAACCUCUCUCCAUCUGACGGAGUGUUCGCGCCCAGAGUUUCAAGAGAGAGCUGUAUUUUCCAGGUUCGGGUCAUGGCGUCGCUGUCAGACUCACAGGAAAUGGAAGAGCAGAUACGAGACCGACUGCUGACGCCUUAUAACAACGGAUCCAUCUCCAUAGCAACUGAGGACAUACAGAUACGCCAAAUAUUGAUAUUAAAGUGCAACGCAGAAACCCAGCAGACACGGAAAGGACUGUUUGAGUGGCCCGACACUUCAGGAGGAAGAAAUGCAACUCUGCCGUGCCGGAAAAACCCUCAACGCUACGCCACUCGGCUCUGUAAACUGUGCCUCAGCACCCACUGGAUGGCUCCAAACAUGGAAGACUGCCACCUGGUUGUGGAAACCAUCCCAGAUCUGGAUCAUGUCGAAGUCACUGUUGACAAUGCACUGGACGUGGUGCAGAUGAUUGAGGGUUUACUGAGAAACCACUCCACACUCAACUACCAGGAGCUGCUAACAGUCCUCAACAAGCUGCAGGACGUUGUCAACCUAAGUCGGGUCACACCAAACCUGGGCCAAGCUCUGAUCAACACCAUCUCUGACAUCCUAGAAUCUGACAGCAACCUGCUGCCUUUUACCAACAUUAUCCUAAACAUAACCGAUGCGCUAGGAGACACGAUGGUGGGCUACCAGGGCUCCUUCACCCUGGUGGCUCCUGCCAUUGCUCUGUCGGUGGUGGAUGUCGAUCCUGGACAGUUUAACAGUUUGACAUUCGGAGUGUCAUCUGACCGCGCAGGCACAAAGCCUGAGAUAUUCAUCAACAGGUUUCCCUUCAACGGCACGGUGGCGUUCAUCUCCCUGCCAUCGGCCCUGCAGCACAGCUUCCCUCGGAACAGCUCCAAGCAGAGCACACCGAGGGUCAAGUUUCAGUUCUUCGGCAUCCCAAUGCUCUUCCAGAACAGCCAAAAGGGGCAGAGCCUUAACACCUUUGUGGUGUCAGCCAGUGUGACCAACGCCAGCUCCCCAAUCAAAGACCUGGAUGAAGAUGUCAAAGUCACACUCCACCAUCUUACACCCAACAGACUUCAUAAGAACGUGCAGUGUGUGUACUGGAACUUCAAUAAAAACAACGGACAGGGAGGCUGGGAUGAUUACGGCUGCAGGACGUACAACAGCAGCUCGGACUACACCACGUGCCUGUGUGACCAUCUCACGCAUUUCGGAGUUCUUCUGGAUGUCUCCAGGACUCCGGUGGACGUGGAUAAUGAGCAGAUCCUGACCAUCAUCACCUACGCCGGAUGUGGAGUCUCAUCGCUGUUCUUGGGAAUCACCGUCCUCACUUACACCGCCUUCGAAAAGCUUCGUCGGGACUACCCCUCUCAGAUCCUCAUCAACCUCUCCCUGGCCCUGCUGGGCUUGAACCUUGUGUUUCUGGUCAACUCCUGGCUGUCCUCCUGGGGUGUAUACGGCCUCUGUGUGGCUGUAGCCUCCACGCUGCACUACUUCCUCCUGGCGUCAUUCACCUGGAUGGGUUUAGAGGCCGUCAACAUGUACUUUGCCCUCGUCAAAGUCUUCAACGUCUACGUGCCCUCUUACAUCCUCAAGUUCUGUGCGCUGGGAUGGGGGAUUCCCCUGGUGAUCUGCAUCCUAGUGCUCAUCGUGGACAGAGAGGCCUACGGCAGUCACCUCUACACAGGCGCCCAGCAGAGCCGGCAGCAUUUGGACAACACGGACAACUUCUGUUGGCUUCAGGACGAUGUGACAUUUUACGUGUCCGUCGUUGCCUAUGCGGUGCUGGUCUUUCUCUUCAACAUCGCGGUUUUUGUGGUGGUCCUGAUCCAGAUUCGCCACAUGCGAGACAAUAGCCCGGCUGGGACCCGCAGCGGACUCAUGCAGGACCUGAAGGGAGUUGCCAGCCUCACCUUGUUACUGGGACUAACAUGGACAUUUGGCUUCUUCACCUGGGGGCCAGGCAGAGUAGUUCUGCUCUACCUCUUCGCUGGACUCAACACCCUGCAAGGACUUUUCAUCUUCCUCUUCCACUGUCUGAUGAAGGAAAAUGUCCGGAAACAGUGGAGGAUUCACCUUUGCUUUGGACGUUUCCGACUUGAGGAGUAUUCUGAGUGGAGCAACUCUGCAUCCGUUGGAUUUACAGCCAAACCCAAAUCAAAUCCUCCCAGAGCACUCGCACCGUCGGUCUGCUCAGUCAAGUCCAGCUCCACAGACAGCACUUCCGCUUCCUCCGACUCCAGCCAGAGAAACUCAUCCUGCAAGAGACCAAACCUGGGCCUUUUUGUGCAUUCCCUGGCUCUCCCUCGUGCCCAGAGGAGCUCCUCAGGUCCAGAAGCUCUGCCUCCCCAGAGGGGGAUGACCCCGACACCUGGAUGGAAGAAUCAAUUGCUUAGCCAGCAAGAACAAAGAUGAAGCACACAGGACCGGGCACACAUAGCAUACACAUGACAGACAUGCAAAUCCCAAGUCAUGCAAUCUUGAAAACAAAAAGGAAAAAAAAGGAACAUUAACAUAUACAUUGUACGUCAAUAAAGAGAUAUGCAAUU